AUGGCGACUGCGAGAGACCGCUCGACCGAUCGCCACGCGCGCCGGUCCCAUCGCUCGCGAAGCCGCUCACCGUCAGCUUCACGUUCUCAUCGCUCCUCGUACCGUCGCUCCUCCAAGCGGCGCAGUGCGAGUCGCAGCCGCAGCCGAGAACGGUCCCGCCGUUCCCGUCACCGCCACCACAGUCGUCGGCGCCACCGAUCGCGCUCUCGCUCACACUCCAGGGAGCGCCACAAAAGACGUCGCCGCGAAAGUGGUGACAAGAAAGUCUGUCGUCGGUCGCACUCCAAAUCUAGGUCGAGGUCGGUGCCUAGAGCUGAGAAGAAGGCACAGAACGACCAGGAGCCCGUAACGUCGUCUUCGACCUCUUUCUCGCGGGAUUUUCAGGCUGGGAAGGCAGCAGCUGCUGCAAACGAGAGUCAGGUCGAGAAAGCUAAAGAUGUCGUCGAGGUGGACGUCUCAGAGGCUCAGAAAAAAGAGGUCCAACUGACUCAGACGAUGUCAAAGGUCGCAGUCCAGGAGCGUAUGAACGAGGGAGCUGCAGCCGACAAGGAGAGGCUACCGAAUAGCAUUGUCAGUGAAGAGUCCGCGGACAAGCAAGAGCCAGCAGCAGCCAAGCCAGCACUCGAUGUCAGCUCCAUCAAAGCGGAUAUCCUCAAGGCUCUCGCAGACGCGAGAAGUACCAUCGCUGUGAUCAAGAAGAGCGGAGCCAGCACUUCUGUUGCCACAAGUCCAACGCCAGCAUCAGCUCCAGUGACUGCGGAGAGGGACGAGCGGAAAGAAAUCGUAGAAUCGCCCCUGAAACAGCAGCAAGAAGUGGUGCAGUCGCCACCGAAGCCAUCCCCGUCCCCUCAGCCGACUGUAAACGUCGCCGACGAGUUCGACAUGUUCUCGAUGGCAGCGCUGGACGACCAUAACGACGCCAUGAACGGUAGUACAGGCGUCGCUGCAGUGACAGUGGACGAAGUGGCUCUUCAGUCCAAUUGCGACGACGCCGAAGGGUAUUAUUCCACUACGAUUGGCGAGGUGCUGAACGGCAAGUACCGUGUGCUGGGGGCGGUGGGGAAGGGCGUCUUCUCCACGGUCCUUCGCUGUCAGUGCGUCACCCCGUUAGAGACCGAGAGCGGUGGCUCCCUCAGCGUUGUGGCCGUCAAACUCAUCCGGAACAACGACGUCAUGCGUGACGCGGCGCAAACGGAGCUCAAGCUUCUCAAGGAACUGGGCGAGCGGGAUCCACGUGACAAGAAACAUUGCAUUCGACUCCUGGACUCGUUUACACAUCGCAGCCACGUCGCCUUGGUGUUUGAGCCCAUGCAGAUGAACGUGCGUGAAGCCAUGAAGAAGUUUGGAGGCAAAGGAGGCAUCUCGAUCCAAGCUGUGCGGGUGUUUAGCAAGCAUCUGCUCCUCGCGCUUAGUCAUCUGGAAGCCAGCGGUGUUAUCCAUGCUGAUAUCAAACCGGAUAACAUGCUGCUCGACGAGAAGCAAACGACCAUCAAGCUGUGCGACUUUGGCUCGGCAUUCAAAGCGGACAAGGGCAAGCAGGACCCGACGCCGUACCUCGUCAGUCGGUUCUACCGAGCUCCCGAGGUCGUGCUGGGCCUUGCGUACGACAAAGCGGUAGAUAUGUGGUCUGUCGGUUGUUGUUUGUACGAGAUGUUCACUGGCAGAGUUAUGUUUCCAGGGAGCACGAAUAACGAGAUGCUCAAAUUCUUUAUGGAGCUCAAGGGCAAGAUCCCCAACAAGCUGAUAAAGAAGCAUCGCCAGGCUUAUCUCGACCAAUUCGAGAUGGAACCGCACUUUACCGAAGACCUCAAGUUCUGCAGCCGGGAAAGCGACCGUGUCACGGGUAAGCCCAUCUUGCGCUUGAUGGACACCAUCAAGUCCAAGAACGAUCUAGCUGGCAGUCUGAUGGCAGCGAAGAGCGCUACAGAUGACCGGAAGCAGGUGCUGGAGCUCCGUAGUCUACUGGAUCGGAUGUUCACACUCGACCCGUCGAAGCGCAUUUCCGUGAGAGACGCGCUGGCACACCCGUUCGUGAAAAGCUCGUAAAAAGGACAACGAGAGCUCGAUCCAGUGAACAUCUGCCCAGCGCCUUGGAUCUAAUCCACACGGACCGGUUUCCCUAUGGUCUUCACGUUAUGGUAAAGCUGAGUGGCUUCUAUUUGUUGGCCGAAAUGUGCUUCUCACGCUUGUUCCGUUUUACUUACUGCAACAUGACCGAUUGAUUUGAAGCUGAAAA